GCAAUGGGUAUCGUGUCGUCUGCAAAUCCGAGAUGUUAAUGAAUGCACUGACGUAGCUAGCAGACGACUUUUAGCCAUCAGCGCAAAAACCGGUUGAACGAGAGAGACACAAGCGAGCAUCACUUCUACAUUGCAUGACCGCAUUAUGAGCAACGUACGACUGUAAAAAUGGCGGCAUCACUUUCACAGCUCUCUGUUCUCAGUCAAAUCAGUGAAGAAUUCCUUCUUUGUCAAGUUUGUUUCGAACGAUUUAGCAAACCUAAAGUCUUGCCCUGUCUUCAUAGCUUUUGUGAAGCAUGUUUAUUGAGAUACGCUCCAGAUGGAAGUCAUACAGUUAGAUGUCCUCUAUGCCGGCAGGAAUCGGAACUCCCUGAAAAUGGCGUCUCCGGGCUGGCUGAUAAUUUCUUCAUACUGAAUCUAUCGGAUGUAUUCACACCGCGCAAGGAUGAAGGGCCGAGGAGGAAAGCCGUUUGUACCAUAUGCGUCGGUCAGAACCCGGCUGAAGCUCACUAUAGAUGCUUGGAAUGUGUCGACUUUUUGUGUGAUGAUUGUGCACCAUCUCACGAUCACCGAAUCGCCCGUUUCACUCGAAAGCAUCACAUAAUAUCCGUUCCCGCUUCUGAGAAUAAAAAGCUUCUCAAACGCGAGAUCAUCUGCUCGAAGCAUCAAUCCGAAGCGGUCCGGUUCUACUGCGAAUCCUGCACCGUUCCCAUCUGCCGAGAAUGUAUACUAAUCGAACAUAAGGACCAUUCCCACACAUUUCUUCAAGAUGAGGUAACCCGACAUAAAAACACCAUCGAUAGUUUGAUGAAGAAUGUUCGGGAUCGGAUCGCAACGUUCGAGGAGGCUCUUCGGGGAGUGGAUGAGGUGGAGGCUCAGCUUGAGGCAAAUCGUGGUCAGGCUGAGUAUGUCAUAGAGAGGACUCUCCAAGACAUCAUGUCGCUUUUACGGAAGCAACAGCAGGAACUAGGACACAGGUUAGCAAGAAUUUGUCAGGGUAGAAAGCAGCAGCUAGUCGCCCACCGCAGGAGUUUACAAUCUGGACUAGAUAACCUUCUCAGCGGGUUUGACUUCACCGAGAAGGCUCUUGGACAUGGAUCCGAGUUGGACAUUCUGUCGAUUAAGGACCAGGUUAUUGAAAGAUUACAAGGACUAGCCGUGGUUUCUCCUCAACAAGACUUUACAAUGGAGCAAUUGAGUAACCUGUAUUUUGAGGCAAAGGAAAGCGCCGUUGACCACUCCCUCCCCCAGCUAGGUGAAAUCAAAUGUGGUGAUAAGACUUUCAGUGAACUCUCCCAGGCCACUGAUACCAGAUCUAUAUGUUCCAUCGAUUCAGCUGAACUCGACGACAGUUCUUUAUCUGAAUGUGCUCCCAAAUCACCAAAGAGAACUGCUAAGGAGUCCGUGCUGAAGAAACCCCAGAUAUUAUUCCACCUGAAAGAUGAAACAGACGAAGCUGGAGAGUUCGACUGGCCAAGUGGUGUUGCUUCUACUGCCGAUGGUGAGUACACGGCCAUAGUGGAUCGCGACAAUGACCGUAUCCAAGUUUACAAUCACAAGGGAAGGUUUGAAUGUAAGUUCGGCUCGAGAGGGCGCCAGCCAUGUCAGUUUGAGCUUCCUUUGGACAUUGCCAUUACAGCAGGUGAUGACCCAUGUGUGUAUGUAACCGAUGAAUACAACCACCGUGUCCAGAAGCUGACCUUGUAUGGCCAGUACAUCCUUCACUUCGGUGACAACGGCCUCUUUAAGCAGCCAUAUGGAAUAGCUCUCGCCGAAGAUGGGCGCGUGGUGGUCACUGACAUUGGGAAACACCGCAUCACCAUCCACGAUCCUGACGGAAAUCUCAUCAGUUCCUUUGGUUCUCGUGGUGACGCUGACAACCAGUUCAACGAACCUCGCUACGUUGCCAUCAGCAACAACCGUAUUAUUGUUUCCGACCAUUGCAACCAUUGCAUCAAGAUCUUCGACUUCAAAGGCACCCACCUGCACACCUUCGGAUCAUGUGGCUCUGGUAAUGGACAGUUCAUCGGUCCUACUGGAGUCUGUACCGACCAAGAAGGUAACAUCCUGGUGGCUGAUUGUGCCGACAGGCUACAGUUGUUCUCUCCUGAAGGAAUGUUUAUCCGUCAUCUUCUGAAUGAGUCUGAUGGUCUAAGUGGGCCUCUUGGUAUGGCUAUGGCAUCAAGUGGAGAGCUUGUAAUCACUAAUCUUGGUACUCACUGUGUUAACAUGUUUAGGUAUUCAAGCUGGGUUUGAAGUAAACAUCCCCAUGGUUAUCUAUCACAAAAAUGCACUUAACAUGCUUAAUCAUUACUGAUUUAUUCAGUCUCAGUUAGAAAACAAAUAUAUAUACACCAUCUGUGACUGCUAAGAAUUUAUGCCACUGCUGUUUGCCACCAGAUGUAAUGCACCAAAAUAUAAUAACUCCACGUUCCUACCUAAAAUAAAGUUUGACAUUUUAAGCAUAUUGAGGAAAUUCAGGUAAUGAUCACCAUUUUUUGGAAACAAAAUUAUUUUGGAAGGAAAAAGAGCAGACCGAAAAUUUCGCAACUUUUUAGUCAAAGGGGACGCCUGUUACCGGUACAAGGGCACAAAAGUGAUGUUGGAGAAAAUAAUUAGAAAAAUAAUGAAAAAUAUAACGAUUACAUUGAAGUUGAUGCUAAAGUCAAUGUACGAUAAGUCAAUCUGACACCAUAUCAACAUUAUGGGUGCUUUGUUCACGAUAACCGCUUUGCAAGCCGGUUAAAUAGGAACAGAGGUACUUGUAAAUUUGAUUAAACAAAUAUGAAAUAUUUGUUUCUUUAAUUUUUCUUUGGCAGAUAUAUUAUAAAUGAAUUAUUUUUUCAAAGCUUUUAUAUAAUCGAAGUUUGUUUAACAAAUAUUAUUUUCUUAGAAUAUCAAUAAUCAAUAUUAUUUUACAUAUUUACGCAACCAAAAUACAUUUCAUGUACUUCUUUAAUAUGUCGUAUUUAGAAUCAAUUUUACUGCUGUUAACUGGAUUUUUAUAUAUACAUACUGUUGUUCUCUCUCUCUUAUAUUAUUUUGACCCUCUCUCUUUCUUGAUGGUGAUAAGUCUAUUUUGUCAUGAGUCACCUUGACUACAAUUAAGCAGAGUUUAAGAAACCAACUAAAUUUAGACUAUGAAAAGAUUAACGCAAGUAAAUUAUGAUAAUCCAAAUAAAGAUCCCAACAUUGUAGUGGAGUAAAGUAAAUAUGCCUCAUUAUAACGAUAAUUUCGACAUUUGGUGUUGGAUCUGUAGUUUUGCGAUUGUUGCAGAGGAUAUUAUUAUCUGAUAUUACGAGGUUAACCACGGCUGUUUUGGGGAUUAAGUGAUUGAAAGAUCAUUUCCUGGGAUUCCUUUGUGAAAAAUCAAUAAUACUCUGUGCAUUAGUAUAAGAAGAGAAUACGUUUUUAUAUAUUUCUUCCUUUUUAAUCAUUCAGGAAAUUAUAAUUAAAAAGUAAGAUGACAGGUUUGAGGUUCGCUGAAAUAAAAAUGGUAAAUCUGGAAGAUACCCCAGAUCAUUAUAAAUGAAUAUUAAAAAAAAAACAUAUUUUACAGGCCAUUACAUCGACGAUUCCUUUACGCCAAAAAUAUAGAAAUUAUUUGAAUAGAUACACUCAUCGGUGUAGAAUACAUCGCUGGUUUACAAAAUGACUUAAUUUGUAUUUGACUAAUAGUAAUGACCUAGCAUGCAUUGAAAAAUAGCAAUUAACAUAAUCCUUGUGUGUGCCAUUGUUAGAGGUAUAUAUAUGUCCUCGUACUUCGUGCAGGGCAAUUCACACUACUGCUUUUAAUGGUGGCAAUCAAAAAUACGUUUCAAACAGGGUACUUUCAUUUUCACGUUGGACACAUUUUCUAUAUAGUAUGUUCACACGAUCUCUAACUACAUGUAUUAUAAAACCAAAUAUCCCGUGUAAACACACCUUGUACAUCAGUGUCAAAGUCAAUAGGUUAUGACUGGAUGCAUUAUUUACAGUACACGGUCAAAAAGAAUGAAUUAUUGAAUGGAAAUUUUCCGUGAUAUUAUUCAUUCCAUGGUGAUCUCAUCACGGGCAAACCCCUGGGGGCAAACAUUCGUCAUAUUCUUGUUUGCAGGAUCGUAUUUUGGGAGCAUGUGGAGAUUACAUUUAUAAAUGAGAGGAAACUAUUCAUUAUUUUAUAGCUGUUAGUCAAAGACAGGUCAUUUUCAUUUCAAACGCCUUUAUGCUCUGCUGAAAGCCAUGCUUGAAAUUCGAUAUUUAACUUUCAUGUUGUUCUUUCGUGCGCAAAUUAAGUAUAGGAAUUUGUCUCGUUGCCUAAAUUAAAAAGUAUACUCGUUGCAUGAUAUCAAAAAAUUAUUAAUUGGAUUUGAAAGCCGUCCACGUUUCAUUUUGAAAGUUUUUUUAUUUAAAAUAUUAAUAAUGCACAGUAUAAAUUAAACUUUUUACAAUAUUGUGAAAAAUGGUUAUUGCAAAUAAUAGUCAUCAGGUUAUUCACGCAAUUGCUAUUUGUUAUUUGUUUUAUAUCUACAACGAGGUUAUGAAGUAAUCAUUGUGGUUAAAUCUUCACCUUUAUUUGUUUGUUUUCAUUCGAGGUGAAUCAAAUCAGAGUGCGUAACAGAGUGAUUAGUCAUUUUAAUUAGGAAUGCAUAAAAAUAACAUUACGUUACGGGAUAUACGAAAUAAAUAGCCAAUUGGAAAGGUAAUAUUCGCAAUAGCUUUAGGUAGAUCGUGGAGUGAUAAUUGAAACCAUGUGACAUAAUCCUUCUUAAUAUUCUUAUCUUCUGAACAUAAUCUCUAAUUACUGCAAUGCGACUCGAUAUGAAUAUAGAAAUCAUCAGUACGAUCACAUUUUGAAGAGAUAAUGUUGUUUCGGAUUUAUAUUUCACCUUUGGUAACAGAUAUUCAAUGUUGCAACGUGACUUAAUGAAUUUAUACCUUAAACCUUGACAAGGUCUUUAAAAAAUUGGAAAAAUAUUUGUAGAUCUCUUAUGACUUGAAAUAUAUUUUGAUUUUGUUUAUUUUAUUUUGCUUGUAGUCAAAUUUUGCAGUGCUUAUUUUGAUAAGCCCUGCAUGUAUACCCAUGCACAUGUAGAAUUUGUUUAAUUUUAACGUCAUUUUCAUUACAUCACAUGUUAAGAAGGAAAUAUGAAUACAGAUAUAACAAAGCAGAUCAUAAAGGUUAUAAGUUUUCAUAAUAGUGUGAAAAAUUUAUAAAUGACGUUUGUUCUGUAUUCUAAUCAUCAACGUUGCAAGAAGAAAUGUGUACAAACCCGCGUCAUUUGAACAAUAGGAAUGAGAAAACUUUUGCCACUGUUUGGUAUCAUUAUUCCUGCAUUCAUAUACUAUUGUUUCCUAUUUGAACAGAGGAAUGCUCCAGUGCUUUUCCAAAAUAUUUUUUGCAUGAGUUUUGUUUUGUGUCUGAUUCGUAGACCCAACAUAUUGAGUUAGACUUCUGCCCGCGAAAACAGUCAACAAUUUGCAAGGCAACAAACGAUAAAAACAAUCAACGCGAGGGCGUUUUACAAUUACGAAAGGAAUUUAAUUAUUUACAUCCAAAACCUGAAAUACCAUAUACAUGUAAAUACAAUUAUCCAUAAGAAUCCCCUUU